UGCAUGCAGCGCACAGGUUUGCACUGCAUUGCCAGGCUCACAGUUGUGCAAUCAGUUCACAUAUCAAGAAGUCAUGCGAUAAGAGUUUCCGUUGCUAUGCAACAGUGACGCUGUUGUACACAGAAGUCCUCUGGCUGCAAAUAUGGCAGAACGUACAAUGUCGGCUCGUAUGGCAAAGAAGCCUCCUUCGGCUGGUAUUGGAAAGUUAUUGCCCAGACCUGCAAACCGUCCAGUCUCUGCGCCACUAAAAGAAAAACCGAAGAUGGAUAUCUUCGCAAAGGAGGAGGAGUACAAACGCCUGAAUGCUGAGUUGGAAGCAAAGACAGCUGAAAUUGUUAGACAAGCAGAGGAAGUCAUGAGGGAACAAAACGAAGUUUUGUCAAAACCUAUAUCCUCUCACCUUGAUAUUGAUAUUGACGAUGAAGAGGAUCUGAGAGAGCGGAUAUCAAUAACACCCUCAGAGAGGAAGACCGCUGCAAUGUCUGAAAAGAAGAAAAGUGCUUUAAAGCCAAGCAAACCGCUAAUUGUCACCAAAAAGAGAUCACAGAAAAAGGUCUCCGAAACGGUGGCCGAAGAUGUUGCUAUCAUAGAGGACUAUGGGGAUUUCUCUUUGGUAAACACAAUUAACAACAUUGAGGGGAAACUGAAUGAUGGAGUUGUUCCUGAAGAUCUUGAGGAAAAUGUUAUGCCUAGUGUUGGGGAAGAAAUGGGAUCAGAGGCCCAGAUCCGUUUUUUGAAGGCAAAACUUAGAGUGAUGCAAGAGGAGCUGGAAAGGCUGUCAUUUGAAUGCAACAAGAAGGAUGAUGAAAACAUUGCAUUGAGCAGCAAACUGAAACAGACUGAAGAAGACCGAACUAGGCUCCAGAGAACCACAAACAUUCAACAGAACCAGAUAGAGAAACACAGAGCCAUGGCAGAGGAAGCCAACAGAAGAUGUGAUGGGUUACAACAGCAAGUGACCUCAUUACAGAAAGAAAUUGAUGGACUGAAAAGGGCAGAAAAACAGGCGGCAAACAAGUACAGUGCCACAGAGGUCAGGCUGAACAGAGCUGUGGAGGAAGCAGAGAAGUACAAGAUGCAACUGAACAAGAUUCAACAGACCACAAAGGACGCUGCACACCAGGAGCAUCAAAGAAUAGAAGCCUUGCAGGCUGAGAACAAGAAGUUGGAAAAGCAAAAGGCUGAACUUUUAGUUGGCUUCAAAAAACAAUUGAAGCUAAUUGAUAUAUUGAAACGACAAAAGAUGCAUUUUGAAGCUGCCAAAAUGUUGGCCUUCACAGAAGAGGAGUUCAUGAAAGCUCUUGAUUGGGGAAAGUCAUAGUGUACAUCAUCUCAGAGGAGUUUUGGUGGAGGCUUCUACUUAUUGAAGGACUUUGGUGGAGGCUUCUACGUAUAACUACGGACAGAUCAUGCUGUAAAAAAUGUGUUUUUGUAAUUAAUUCUGAAUUUGGUUAUUUUAUAAGUGUUGCUUUGUUAAAAAUAAACAGUUGUGUCAUUA